ACGAAAGCUCUAAAAAAGUGAGAUAAGACCGUAACCCACUUGUACAUCAUGCAUCACCACUUGUACACAAACAGUAACUACGUGCAUAUAUAUACAUAUGCCUACAACUAUACACAAAACAAUGAGCGUGAGAGCGAACACGUAAACGAAUAUCGUCCAUGUAUCAACUGAACGAUACAGUGAACAACACGACACUCAUUUUCUCAACUUUCAAUCGCUUCAUCAUCUCCGAUUAGGUAACAGUUGCAGGUUUAGUUCAUUCGUUGCUCAUUAAUGGCUACCGGAGAUGACUCAUCGUCGUCUGGAUUGAAUCUCGAAGGAGUUGAUGAUGUUGAAGACUUCGUUUGGGGGAAUCAAGGAGAUUCGGAAUCAAUGUCAUUAGGAAGGUUUAGUCAUCUUUAUGAUCUAAUGGAUAUGGGCAACAAAGCAUUCAGAGAGAAUCGGUUUGAAGAGGCAGUCAAUUGUUUCUCGAGAGCUCAUAAUAUUAAACCAGAUGAUCCUAUCAUUCUUAACAACCGAUGUUCUGCUUACCUCAGGAUCUGUCAAUUCCUAAAAAAUAGGCCACCUUCCGCAUCUGAACAUAGACCAUUAAACGGGCUUGAUCCUACAAUUCAUGCUGGCCUUGCAUUGAAGGACGCUGAGCAUUUUAUGAACAUCAGAAGUCAAUCAGCAACUCCGUACAUAUUGAAGGCAAAUGCGCUCAUUUUGUUAGAGAGAUUCGAGCAAGCCCGUGAUGUAAUUAUUUCCGGUCUUCACGUUGAUGCUUCAAGUAACGCUCUACGGAAUUUAGAAAGAAUAACAUCCAAUUUAUUUGGGAGGAGAGUCCACGGGAGACCAGCACGUACCGACGAUUUCGAUUGCACGCUUUGCUUAAAAUUACUAUAUGAACCAAUCACAACUCCAUGUGGGCAUACCUUUUGUCGCUCUUGCCUCUUCCAAUCGAUGGACCGAGGGAACAGAUGCCCUUUGUGCCGAACGGUUUUGUUUAUUAGUCCUAGAACUUGUGCAAUAAGUGUGACGCUCAACAGCAUAAUAGAGAGAAACUUUCCACAGGAAUAUGCCGAAAGGAAACUAGAGCACGAGAGUUUGACAAACAUGGGUCCUGAUUUGUUACCUCUUUUUGUCAUGGAUGUUGUGCUACCUUGCCAGAAGUUACAUCUAAACAUUUUUGAAGCUCGUUACAGACUUAUGGUGAGGAGGAUUAUGGAAGGAAACCGCCGAAUGGGAAUGGUCAUACUUGACUCCACCACAGGAUCUGUAGCUGAUUAUGCUUGUGAAGUGGAAAUCACUGACUGUGAGCCUCUUCCUGAUGGCCGCUUUUUCCUGGAGGUUGAGAGUCGCCGAAGAUUUCACAUCCUCCGUAACUGGGAUCAAGAUGGGUACCGUGUUGCGGAGGUGGAAUGGGUGCAAGAUUUCUCUCCACCUGAAGGAUCAAAAGAAAAACACGAUUUGCAGCAAACGACGAAUAAAGUAGCAGCAUAUGCGCGAUCAUGGAUAAAGGUGGCUCAACAGGCUGCACAAAGAGAUCAAUCAAGACUUAUGGAAUUGCAUAGAGCGGAAGGUCUCAUGCCUUCGACGAGUGAUCCUGAAUCCUUUAGUUUUUGGCUUGCUUCCUUAACAAAUCAGAGACCACAAGAAAGGCUGGCUCUGCUUCGCCUUAGAGAUACAAAAGAGGUACUCAACUAGGGUGCCAAACAGGUCGUGUUUAUGUGUUGGUGGAUUGAAUCCGACACGAACCCUAAAAUCAUGUUAGGCACAUGAACCCAAAUAUGAAAUGAACAUUUGUGGGUUGACACAAACAUGACCCGUUUGGUCGUUUAGGACGAGUUUUUAUUAUUUUCUUAUAGUAUAUUUAUACUCUAAAAUUACAAAUGGAUAUAAAACAAUUACGUUUAGAUUAAA